CUCUCCUCUCUCUACCAUUCUCUUCCACCAACCUGUCUCUUAUUCUCUUGGUUGAAAAAAAAAAGAACAAAUCAUUUUCCGGCGUCGCACACUAUUCGACCGUUGGGGCUUGACUUGGGUCUUUGAAUUGGGAUUUAGGGACAUGGCGAUGUCUUUGCUUUCGCCGAGGAAGUCUAUCGCGGAGACGGUGUUCCAGAAAGUUGGUGGGUAUUCCAACGGGAGCGGUCACAGGAGGUGUUCCGAUGGUUGCAUGGACGAGGAUGGGACUAUGGAGCUGGUGCAGAUUGGAGCUGAGAGAACCAAGAAUGUGUUGAUCCUCAUGAGCGAUACUGGUGGUGGUCACAGAGCUUCCGCCGAGGCCAUUCGCGACGCGUUUCAGUCGGAAUUUGGAGAUGAAUACAGGAUUUUUGUGAAGGAUGUAUGGAAAGAGUACACAGGCUGGCCAUUGAACGACAUGGAGCGAUCGUACAAGUUCAUGGUCAGACAUGUGCAGCUCUGGAAGGUUGCAUUUCAUAGUACCUCUCCCCGAUGGAUACACUCUGUCUAUCUUGCUGCCAUUGCCGCCUACUAUGCCAAGGAGGUGGAGGCUGGUUUAAUGGAGUAUAAACCAGACAUCAUCAUCAGUGUCCAUCCUCUAAUGCAGCAUAUUCCAUUGUGGGUGCUCAAAUGGCAAGGCCUUCAGAAGAAAGUAGUAUUUGUCACGGUUAUAACAGAUCUCAAUACCUGCCACCGUACAUGGUUUCACCCAGGGGUCAGUAGAUGCUACUGCCCUUCAGAGGAGGUGGCUAAGCGGUCUUUAUUGGAUGGCCUAGAAGAGUCUCAAGUUCGUGUUUUUGGCCUGCCCAUCAGGCCAUCCUUCUGCCGUGCAGUCCUCUCUAAGGAUGAUUUAAGAGUCGAACUAGAGAUGGACCCACACUUGCCUGCAGUAUUAUUGAUGGGUGGUGGUGAAGGAAUGGGUCCUGUUAAAAAGACUGCAUUAGCUCUUGGGGAAUCAUUGUUAGAUGAAGGAUCAGGGAAACCGAUCGGACAAUUGAUUGUCAUAUGUGGUCGUAAUAAAGUCCUAGCCUCUACGCUAGAAGACAUCGCUUGGAAGAUCCCAGUCAAAGUCAAGGGGUUUCAGACCCAGAUGGAGAAAUGGAUGGGAGCUUGUGACUGCAUUAUUACAAAAGCUGGACCUGGCACAAUUGCAGAAGCAUUGAUCAGGGGCCUCCCAAUUAUCCUUAACGACUACAUUCCAGGACAAGAAAAGGGCAAUGUCCCAUAUGUAGUAGACAAUGGUGCAGGCGUCUUCACCCGAAGUUCAAAAGAAACAGCCAAACUCGUGGCCGAAUGGUUCAGCACCAAAACAGAAGAACUGAAGAGAAUGUCAGAGAAUGCACUCAAGCUAGCACAACCGAAUGCCGUGUUCGAUAUUGUGAAGGAUAUUCAUGAACUUGCAUGUCAACGGGGGCCCUUAGCCAAUAUCCCCUAUAUGUUGACAUCAUCCUUCACAAGUAUCAUCUAAUUAAUCAUACUAGCACAUCUAGAUUAGUGCCCAUGUACAGCUAGUCUUGCUAAUAUUAUUCUUUGACCUCAGACGCUUGGUGCUCAAAAAUCUCAAGUCAUAGAUUUUCUGCUAUCAAGCUCUGAUGUUUGGAAGGGUUGGGAAUUUUUUUCAGAGUGUUUCUGGGAAGAGAGGUUAUUAUUCUCAGUGUAAAAUGAUAUACUGUAAUUCUAUAUUACAGUACUAUACAAUCUUUUUUCCCCCAGUGAUCCCAUCUUGCUGCCUAAUCAAUCUGCAACUCACCAAUA